AAAUGCGUUUGCAUGAAUGAAACAUGUUUACGUUGCAAUGACGCCGGGCUGACGGAAAUUCCUAGAACUGUUUCUAACAACUUAGAAAAAAUGUAAGCAAAUAUAUUUAUCGAUAAAACAUAUGCGACUUACUCCGCAACAAUUUCGGAUUGAGGUUAUAUGUUUUCAAAAUAUUUCAGUGCACUGAACAAUAAUAGAGUUGAACUGUUUGCCGAUUCCUUUGUCGGAUAUCAGUCUUUGAUUACGAUGUAAGUCUUGCAGUUUUACGUCGUUUUGCAUAUGCAUUGGAAUAACGACAAUAUUAAUUUCAUUACGGUUAUUGUACAAUAUACAUAAAUAAAAUAUAUAAUACUUUCUACAGAGCGAUGGGACACAACGGGUUAACAAAAAUACCGCCUUUGGUGUUCCGAAAUCAAACUAAAUUACGUGUGCUGUAAGUAUGUCUAAAAAUUUUGUAAUGAGAUAUUCAAAAUAAACAACAGUAAAAAAAAAAAUAAUUAAUUUGGGCAUUUAAUAUAAGUGUCAAAAUUUAUUUUAGUCUAUUGCAAAACAAUAAUUUGAACACUUUGGAAGAGGAUACUUUUUUCGGAUUGAACAAUGUCGGGAUCUUGUUUUUGAACUUCAAUUAUUUAGUACAUUUAAAUUUACAUUCCUGGCAACAUAUGGCCGAAUUAAACUGGCUGUAAGAUUCAAAAACCAUUGACUAUAUAAUGGUAUUUAAUUUAACUACUUUGAUUCUUUUUUUUUUUUUUUUAGAGAUUUAUCAAAUAAUUUAUUGACGUUUGAAAAGGAAAAUUUUCCUUUUUUACGAAAUUUGAAUACGCUGUAAGUAAUUUUUUAAAUUUUGUUUAAUACUAUUAUCAUAUUUAUAUAUUAUUAAUAUUCAUAAUUAAUACAAAUGGUUUGUUAACACUGUUUUUAAAAGAUAUCUCCAUUGGAAUCGUAUCGAAACAAUAAGCGAGCAUUUAUUUAGUGAAUUAACUAAUCUCCAGAUAUUGUAAGAUUAAAUUAAUUUUUAUCCCAAUACAAAUAAUGCAAUAUUAUUUGUUAAUUUAAUUAAUAAUAAAACUGUAUGUUAUGUACAGGAUUCUUUACAAUAAUUUGAUCACAACAAUUCACAAAAAUGCGUUUCAAAACACAAUACAUCUUCUUAACCUGUAAUUAAAAAAAAAAAAUCGGAAUAAUUUGUGUAAAUAAUAAAAACAAUUGAUUUAUUCACAGGAACAUAAACAAUAAUCGGAUCACUACGAUUUCACCAGAAUUAUUACAUCCGUUGAAAUUAUUAGAUAAAUUGUAAGUUUCCGAUUCUAAGCGUAUGACGAGAAAUUUAUUAGAUUUAUUAUAAUGUGUCCUUUUUUAAAUUUUUUGCGUAAGUUAACAACAUUUCUCUAACAAAUAUUUUGCCUCAAUCAAAAAUGACUAGAGAGAUUUUUGUAGAAUUUAAGAUUUAGUUGGUACAUUGAGAAAGUAAUUUAUUAAUUUUACUAUACAUUUUCAAUUUUCAUAAUAAUUGGGAAAAUCUGAAAAAAAAAAACAUAAAAGUAAAAUAGAUUAAUUACAGCGUUAUUUUUUUUAACAAUUUCGUUGUUCUACAUUUUUUCUAUUUUUUUUUUCUACUUUUGAACAUUUUUUCUAGUUCGUGAAUAAGAAUGUUAUUGUUAGUAUAGUUUUCUAAAUAAUUAAGAAAAACGUAAAAAAAGAAACUGAAACGUUUACAUCAUAUUUUUUUUUUUUUGUUGGAAUUUAUACAAAAAUAACUGUAGAGACCUGUUAUUUUCAAAAAAUAAUUUACGUAUUAGCAUUUUCUAGUCGUAGUAAAAUUGUUAAAAAAAACGUUCUGGCGAUUUUUGAGCUAUUUUUAGAAAUUUGACCAUUUUGAAUUUUAUUAAUUUUUAAUUUUUUUGGUUUAACGUGGAUAAAAUUAUUUGGCUCAACAGAAAUGCUUGAAAAUGUAAUACGAGGUUCAUUAUAGGUUUAAUUUCGUGUUAAAAAAAAAAGUUCGAGUGUCGUUUAUUUUUGUUUUAAGUGUUUUAAUAUUAAAUUUCGACAAAAUCAUAAAAAUUAUAACAUGACAUAAUAUACUAUGGAUAACCGAAUUACGCUCAAAAUCGUUUUCGUCACCAAUUAUUUAUCAUUGCGUACCAAUAUAAAUUCAAUAUCUUUACGGAUUUUACCUUCCUGACUUUCCACCUACUACGGUUGUGCAACCGUCACAACAGUCCCCAGUAACAACUAUUUUUUUUCUAUUUAGAAUUUAUGAAUUUUGUAAGUUAAAUUAAAUUGUUAUCAGAUAAUUAUUACUCAUACGCACUACAAUAUACGCACUCUGUACUUUUGAACCUAUCUUUGUUUUUAGGGCGAUAGGUUAUAACCCAAUAGAACGGAUAACCGGUGUUAUUUUCAUGGAAAUGGAAAAUCUUACGUCGUUGUAAGUAUGAAAAUUUAAAUGUAUUAAGUACUUUCACUCAACUAAUUUACGUGAUAAUCAUACAAUAUUUAUCUAACAGAGAAAUUAACGGAAUAAGUAAAGAGAGAAUUGAAAUGUCGUUGUUUGAUAAUCUGACUAGUCUGCAAUUUCUGUAAGCUAUAACUAUUUAAUUCGUUAAAAUUUAUCGAUUAAAACGUCAGUUAUAUUAUAGUCAAUAGUUAUACUAUUGAUACUUUAUACACUUUCAGUUAUUUAAAAGAAUUCCAUUACUGUGCGCUGUAUGCCAAACACGUUCCCGUUUGUUUACCGAAUAAAGAUGGUAAGUACCCAAUUGUAUUACUACAAUAAUUAUUUAUUUUCGAUAAUUGAUAUAUAAUUAUAUUUUUUAUUAAUGCCUACAUAAGAACACUAAACCAUUUAGUAAAAAAAAAAAAAGAAACCCCGUAGUUUUAAUUUAUUGGGCCGGGUAUGAAUAUAUCAUAUAAUGCAUACCGUGAUUUUAUUUCCAAUUUAUACGUAUAUCUUUGGUUGUAAGGAAAAAGAGAUUUAGUCAAUUUUUUAUACAAGAAAAGUAAAUUUUUAAAAUUACUAAAUAAUGACAUAAUUUGUAAAUGGCUAAAUUAUUUAAUUGGCUAACCUAAAUGCAGGCGUUCUUAAUGACUAAAGAAUCUAAUGUCUAUUUUCUAUAUUAUAUCCUAAUAUAUAAAUAACAAUGUCCUGACUGAUUUCUCAUCCCAAACCGCUGGACGGAUUGGGCUAAAAUACGGUAUGCAGAUAGCUAUUAUGAGGCAUUCAGCCAAGAAAGAAUUUUUGAAAAUCCAAUCUCUACGGGGGUUAACUAUUUUUAUUUAUUCAUGGUUACGUUAGUGAUACGAACGUAAUGAAAAAUGCAUAGAUAACCUUAGUGAUACGGAUGAAAUUAAAAAAAUCGUCCCGAGCAACAGUAACUUAUACCUUAUCCGCCAAAUAAAAGGUACUUAGGUAAUUUAGUGUAGAUGACUUAAGAUACUUUGUUUUUUAGUAUGACAUGUAUUAAAAUGUAUACAUACACUUAAAAUUAACUAAAAAAAAAAAAAUUCGAAAAUUAACUUGAGCCCUUAUUUUCUGGAACCAAAGGCAUAUUUUGCGAUAUUUGUACUUAUGUAUUUCAUACGUUUUUGCGUCAAAAAUGUUAAAAACAAAGUAAGUGCAAAUCUGACAAUAUUUUUUUUACAAAGAAAAGUUAGGACUUUUGAUAUUAUAUACAAAACUCAAAGAUAACUUAAGGUUUUUAUUUUUAAAGAAAGAAAAAGAAGACCGAUUUAUCUAUAUAAUUUGUCAAAGAAACAUAUAACCUACAAGUAUAUGACACUUUAGCCAUAAUAUUAAUCAAAAUCUUGCGGCAGUGUUAUUUACUCGUAUAUAAUACGAAACACGUACACAACAAUUUUUAUCAUUCGCGUAACUUGGUCGGUCCUAACGAUACACGGAUUGUUUGUGCAGUCACAUCAAAGCAAAAUACGAAAUGAAAACUUACGAUAUACUAAACUAAUUUAAUACGAGUGACAACUAACGAAAAAGGACAAAUAAAAAAAUAAAAAUAAAAUUCCAACAAACGUCUUCGGAAAACUUUUACCAAACAUUUGAAAACAACUCUUUACUUUAAUGAAAUAUAUUGUGUUUACGAAAGCGACAGACUUUUCGUUCGUUAAAUAAAUUCCUAUUUAUAAUAAUAAAAAAAAAACACAUAAAUAUUUUUUUUUUUUAAUAUUAGUAUUUAGUUUUCAUUGAUAAACUUAGUAUAAUAAUUACAUACUAAAUACACAUAUUAUAUAUUUUUUCCGUUGUAACUAUGUAUUUGAUAAUCUGCCUACAGUGGUUUUGAUAAAAUAUAAUUUAGGCGAACAUUAUUAGUUUUUCGCUUUUCUUGAAAAAUUAUAUAUAGGUACACCAGAAAGUAGUCUCUCGAGUAUCAUCACGCCGUAUGUAAAUAAUUAUAGUAUAUUAUUUUGCAAAUAUGCGUCACCGUAAGGAUUGUCGUCGAGCUUAAAUCUACUCCCGAACCGUUUUAUCCGAUGGAUUUGCUGGACGGUGACAGGUUUCACGUUUGUCAUGAACGCAUUGGUGCUGUGCGGCCGGAUGUUCUGUUCGCUCAGAGACGAAAACCCGGCGAUCAAUUUUGUGAUAAGGAAUUUAGCAGGUAGGUAUACAACCGAGUUCGAUUGCUAAUAAUAUAGUAAUUAGAAGUUGGAUUUAUAUUAUCUAUAAAUCGUAUCUAAUAAAUAUAAUACUACUAUGAUUAUGUGACGUUAGAAAUGUUAUAUCCUUUAAGAUUCAGUAAAAAUGGUUGGAAAAAAAUAUUUUUCGCGUAUGUUUUUGGGUUUUUAUAUUGUUUUUAGGCAUUAUUUUAGAGAAAUAAUGUUCUUUAAUCGUAAAAUAUACGUUUUUAUCGGUGCUUAAAUUGAAAAAUAAUAGAAAAGAGACUCUACAAAUGUAUUAAUUAUUGAACUUAGCCUGACCAGUAAGGUUGUUCUUCCCCCCCUUCAUAACCCUUAUACCAAUUUGUCUGUACAUAAACCACUUUUUUUUAUUAAAUUUAAUUUAUUUAGUGAAUAUUUGAUUUUCUUGAAGUUUUUAGAAAUUAAAGGUUUGAUUAUCCAAUGGAUUUUCGAAAUAAUUGGGAAAACAACGAAAGAAAAUUAUAAGCUAAAACAGCAAAUAUUUACGGUGCACCGUAAAUGAAAGCGGCUAGCCGAUUUCAAUGUUUUCUACGAGAAAUUUUAUUCCAAUUGAAAAAUGACAAAAGAUCGAUUUUAUUCCUUUUAAUACAUAUUCACUGACAAGCAAAAUCGCUUUUUAGUAUCUAAAGUAUUUUCAUAAUAGUUAGGAAAAACAUAAAAAGACAAAAAUACGAUUUUUUUUCAAAUUACAAUUUCAUUAUUUUACAUUUGUACUCUUUCCGGUUUCUAUCAGAAAUAUUCUCAAAUAGAAAAAACAAAAGAAAUAUUUUUCGUUGUAUUUUUAAUCUAGUUGGUGGCCAAAUAAGUGUUUUUGAUUUUCUUUGUCGUUUUGUUUAAUAUUCUAUGCUGCACUCGAAAUCCAAACAAUUUCAGCAUUCUUUAGUAACUUUAUUUUAUGCGCGUUUGAAGUUUAAAAUAUAAUGCUUGUAUUUUGAUAAAAAUGUGAAAAUAUUUACCAUCCUAUGUGUUCCACUUCAAACAAAUAGUAUGGGUGCGUUAAAAUGCCUGGUAAAUUAAUUUAGGUACUCUUUAUCCGACCCCCUCUCACCAAGUCAAAAAAAAAAAUAACACUGAAUUUCAUAAAUUGUUAUAACAUAACUUGCUCCCCUUCAAUUUUUGCUCGACGGAGUCAAAACAAGACAAACAAUGUAAAUCAUAAAAUGCCUACCUCUAAUUUAAUAUACAGAGUGAUCAAACCUCGAUAAGACAUCAUUCAUUAUUUAAACAUUUUUUUUUUCGGACAAUCUAGUGAAACAAGUACUUCUAAAAUAUUACAUUACCGCUAUUUUUUGUUACCUUUAUUUUUGGUCGUGAAACCAUUAACCACUUUCGAUUUAAAAAAAUUCAACCUACGCUAAAACUUCAUGUAUUUAUGGCAUAAACACCGAAAACAGUUAAUACUCUCCGAGAUAAUGAGUAUCUUACAAAGAUUAAUCACCCGAUAAUUAUUCAACCACAUAUAAGAUUUUAUUUGAAUAAUAUUAUACACUUAACCAGAUACGAUUUUUAAUAUCUUAGUAUAAUGUUAUUAGUCGCAGACAUGUGCAUGGUGAUUUACUUGACGGUCGUCGGUUACCGUGACCGCGAGUACGAGAACAAUUACUACGCGCAUGCUCACGAUUGGGAAUCGUCCAGACUGUGCACCGUGAUAGGCAUAAUGGCCGUGAUCUCGUCAGAAGUGUGUACAUUAAAAAUGACUCGUUUAAAUUCAAAUAGUUUAUUUUUUAUAGUUUUUAGAUUUAGAUAAAUAAUUAAUACACGUUUCUUCUUUUUUUUGAGUUUAUUAGACACAAGGAACAUUCCGUCGCACACCUAAUCCUCCCAUUCCUCCUGUCAGCCGCUCUUAAUUCCAAAUAUACCACGUCUCUCGAUGUUCCUCUCGAUACAUCUUCCUGUAUCAAACUGGGUCUUUCUUUUCGGGAACUUUUAGGUUGUAUCAUCACAUAAAAAUAUAUUUUGACUUCGCCAAGCGUGUCCAGCUCACUGUAUUAUUUUACUCUUGAUUGUGUUCAAUAUGUAAAUAAGUUCUAUUCCUGAAAGAGUACUUCUUAUAGCUCUAGCUCAUUGCUUUUCCUUUUACUUCAUUCACAGUUCUAGUUCUCUCUUAUUAGUCUCCCGAAAAGUUUUUUAAUUGAAUAAAAUAUAAUACGUUAUUAUUAAUUAUUUACCAUUUGUUUAUUAGUAAAUUAUUAUUUACAAAAAUAGAAGUUUCCGAAUUUCCAUGUUUUUCCCGACAAAAUACUUUUACAUAUAAAGCAAAAUACUUGUUAUAUAAGAGUACUAGGAUUUACGCAAUAAUAACACUGUCACUAUUGAUGUAUUAUAGGUGUCGAUGCUAAUAUUGAUGUUCAUCAGCUUGGAAAGGUUUCUGCUCAUAGCCGUACCACUUUCCGGAUAUCGAGUUUUGAAACUGAAAACGGCCGUUCGCUGUAUGGCGUCGAUCUGGCUGGUCGGAAUAACUAUAUCAAUAGCACCUCGUAAGUUAAACACAAAAACUAUUUUACCCCACAUAAUUUAUUUCACCGAACUGAUACGUUUUCUGGUCAACGCUGGGAAAUAAUAGUCAAUGGUUUUUCAUUGAAUUUGAUUAAUUCCGUUUCGAUUAACCGUUGCAAAAAUAACGUUAAGACUCCAUAAUAUGUAUUAUGAAUUCGAGAACAAAUCAUUUCAAACUAAAUAUUAUAGAAUUUUGUUUAAAUAUGACUUUUCCAAAUAUGUUCAAAAUUUUACCCGUAUUCUGUUUAAACACACGUCAUAUUAAAUUGUUAACUUGAUAAUGCUUUCAUAUUAUCUUAAACUACGAUUUAAAAAGAUAAUAGGUACGUAUAACAGGAUACUUACAUAUUUUCCAACAUGCAUACACACUAUAUGUAUAACAUCCGAUAUUUAUCGCAGAAAUUACAAAACAAAUAAUAACUCUAAUAGCAAUAAUUUGAAAAAAAAACUGUUACAGCUAAAUGUAUGUGCCAUUUUUGUCGGUGGGAAUUUAGGGAAGUAGGAUAGGACAGUUAUAUAAUGUAUAUCUUUACGCGACGAUAGCUUCAUGUUACAUAAUCAAGCAUUUUUGUUUAAACGAGUUUAUACACGUAAAACCAAAAAAAAAUUAAACUGAAAAUCUUCAGAUUUUAUUACAUUUAAAAACGAUAAAUGACAAUAACAUCUUAAAUAAAUUAAUAUAUCUAUAAUACUUUUAAAAAAAAAAAAAAACCCUCUUGUCGUUUUUGAAUUGAAGCAAGAUUUCUGGUAGAAAGGCACAGACACAAAAAAAAAAAAUCACAUAUUAUAACCAUCUCAUAAUAAAAUCAACGGCAUGUUAAGCAAACACGCGCAUAAUAAUACGUAUCAAUAAUUACAGUAGUUUUAUGGAAGCAUUCGUCGAAAUUCUACGGUUCCAACGGAUUUUGUUAUCCUUUGUACAUCGAAGAUCCAUUUGUUGAUGGGUGGCAAUAUUCGGCGUUCAUGUUUUUGGGAUUACACGUUUUCAGGUAAGUAUACAGUUCAAACUAGAGGUCUCAAAAAUACUUGUUUUAUAUCAUUGCACAUCACAUGUAUCCAUGUCGACGGAUAUUUAUAUUAUUAAUACGUAUUUGCUGUAACACAUAAAUUCCGUGAUAAUAUACUUACAUGAAAACUACAAAAUUGUGAAUUUCGUGAUUUUUAUUCGUAUGAUCCGUAAUUAGUUCGUUUCAUUAUUUUCGAUUAUCUUUUUCUACUAUAAAUCUUACUCCAAUCAAAAAAUAUCAAGUGAGCUUAUUUUUAGUAUUCUAAAUUUAAUUGGUGCAUUGAAGAGGUAAUUUUUUGAUUAUCUAAGCAGUUUUCAUAAGGAGAAAAUCGGAGAAAAACAUAGGGCAAUAAAAUUUCAAAAAAUGUGAUAAAAUAAAAUCAUAUUUUAAUUGGAGCAAGAUUCCUGAUAAAAAUGUAAAUCGUACAAAUAAUAAAUAAUGUCACUUUUAUUUGGAUAUUUUAAAUUUUAUAUUCACGUGUUGGCGAAUUCGUGAAUUCAAAAUUUUGUAUACGGAUUAUACGGUCUCCAACACGAGAUUUUAAUUUCACGUGUAAUAAACGACACUAAUUCAAACGUGUUCGAUUUCAUACAAUAUUCAUUCGGUUAUUAAAAUAAUAAUGUUUAAUAAUUAUUGUCCGUCGCAGUUUGCUGCUAAUGUCCAUUUUGUACGCGCUGAUGUACAUAAGCGUGAGAAAAACCCGACAAGCCGCCCGAAUAUCGGCCGAAGAUUAUGAUUUUGCCAUCCGUUUCUUUUUCAUCGUUUUGGCCAAUUCCUUUUGCUGGUUGCCCGUAAUCGUUUUGAAAAUCGCCGCGCUCAAAAAGUUCCACAUUUCCAGUGAGCGAAUUUUUAUUUUUUUAAAAUUGUUUUCAUUAUUAUUUCGAUAUCAACAAUAUUAAUGUUAUUGUUGUCAUCGUCGUGUAUAGGUAGCACAUACGGAUGGGUAAUUAUUUUUAUUGUGCCUAUAAACGCAUGGGUAAAUCCGUUGCUGUACACGUUCACAACUCCCAAGUACAGAAAAAUCAUAACUUUGAAGAGCAUGUUCAAGACACACCACGAGAGUCGCAAAACUAUCAAGCGGUAUUCGAUCAAUGGUAAAUAAAAUAAAAUCCGGAUAUUUCGACAGUAAUUUAUUACUAUUAAAAAAAAAAAUUGAACAUACAUACAAUUUUGUGUAUAAAAACAAACAUUUUCCCAGAAACAAAAAUAUGAGAACUCGCACUGUACAACCUUUUUUUAUUAUUAUUUCGACAUCACUAUAUGUACAAAUGUUAAAUUAUCAUUGUUUUAAAAUCCAAAAAUGUUAUGUUUUAAACUCGUUGAACUUUUUGUAUACCUACUAAUGUGAUUUAAAAAAAAUCAAAAGUCAUUUGAUUUUAUUCAAUUACACAGUGAAAGUUCUCUUUUUUUUAUAGAAAUGUAAUAGUUUCAUUAUCAAUAUCUUAGCUUUACAUCAUGUGCUAAACUUUUUUUUUUCAAAAUUAAUCUAGGUGUAGACGUUUAUUAAUUUUGUGCUUAUUUUGUAUUUAUUUAUUUGUUUAACCGUUAUAGAAACUCCGCACUCGUCGAACGUAGUGCCGUCGAAGAAAACGCCAUCGUACCCGAAUAAUAGCCCGAGGAAACCGCAGGAAAAAACACAAAACGAAAAAACUACGACCGUCGAUCCAUUACCGACGUAUCAUCAAAUCAAUAAUAACAAUGCCAAUAGCACUCGAGAAAACAGUUUUGAAACUACGGUCGCAGAAUAAAUACAACUGCAAUUAU